ACGGUUCCCAAUCGUAGCGAAAAGCUCAACCACUCACCAAACACGGAGAACCCGUACCCGUCGGUCAGCAUCACAGCCCUCACCUCCGGCAACAGCUCCGGGAUCUCGCCGUCACCGUCGCAGCAGUCGCUGAAUCCCUAUCCCGUUGUCAUACCAUCUGUUUAUGAGCUAAAUAUCUAUAAGUCUUUGGCGUCGAUCGUAACCCACUGUCAGCUACUGUGGGAACUGGUGCUGACGUGCGAACCCGUGACAGUUAUGGCGCCCACACCUGAUGUCUGCUCGGAGACCGUCCAAUCUCUGGUGUCACUCAUUUUGCCGCUAAAGUACGGCUCAGACUUCAGGCCCUUCUUCACGAUCCACGACUCGGAGUUCAAGGAAUACACCACUAAAACACAGUCACCUCCGCCUGUGAUUCUGGGCGUCACGAACCCGUUCUUCGCUAAGACUCUACAGCAUUGGCCACACAUUAUCCGUAUCGGAGACUACGGCACCGCGAAUAAUAAUCACAAAAACAAAAUCAAAAAGUCUGGACUCAUAAAGACGUUG